UAAGUGAAGGCGCUAUGGCCCGAUUGUGAUGGAAUAUACGGAAUAUAGAGACUUUACAAUGCAUGACGUACGUAAAGAGGAGUACGGCUGGGAAUCUACAGUUAGACUCAUGGUCGGGAGGGAGGACGAAUUGGGCAUGUACCUGGAGGAGAGCAGGGAGGGCAGGAAGCGGAAGUGGCAGCCCGAGAAAAUGAGGCGAGACGGCAGCGAAGAUAAAGAUCAGAAGAAGGUGCCUCCGAAGAAGAUCAUGGCUGCCCUAAGCGAGAUAGGCGGGAGCGGCACAAGCUCCUCAUCCUCGCAUUUGUCUCCGGCAUGGCAAGUCAACGAGCUCGAUCUGGACUUGCCCGUCGAACUGUCCAUGAACGAAGCGUUGCUGUCGCUUCCAUCGUUGGCGGUGUUCAAACAGGAGGCUCCGUCUCCGACGGGCGCGGUGCUCUCGCCCCCCCGCCGCCACUGGCCCGUCCCCCGACGGAAUGACGAUCGGCAGAUGACAAGCAUGGUUGUCGACGGAGCCCGUGACGGCAUGGACGAGUGCCAGCAGUCGCCUUCACACAACGGAAACGCUAUGCAGCAUGGAAGUCCCGACGCGUUGCAAUGCCAACAGCAGAUGCCGCCGAGCGCCGUCAUGCCCAUGAACGGUUACCAUUCACCAAACGAACACGAGAAUAAAAACGCUGGUUUGCUGAUCUGCUCCCCGGUGGGCUCGCUGGAGGGCUACCUGCACUCUCCACCACACCUGCAGCAGCGCUCCGACUCCAGCUUCAAGGAUGACACCAGGUUCCAGUACGUUCUGGCCGCAGCGACUUCGAUAGCAACCAAACAGAACGAGGAAACCCUGACCUACCUCAACCAAGGCCAGUCCUACGAAAUCAAACUCAAGAAGCUCGGAGACUUGUCACAUUACAAAGGAAAGCUGCUUAAAAGCGUCAUCAAGAUAUGCUUCCACGAGCGCCGCUUGCAGUACAUGGAAAGGGAGCAGAUAGCGCAGUGGCACGCCGAGAGACCGGGGGAGAGGAUCGUAGAGGUGGACGUGCCUCUCUCGUAUGGCAUUAUAAAAGUGGAACAAUCCACAGCACUGAACGCGCUCCACGUCUACUGGGACGCCACCAAGGACGUGGGUGUUUAUAUAAAGGUGAACUGCAUCUCAACGGAAUUCACAGCCAAGAAGCACGGCGGCGAGAAGGGAGUCCCGUUCCGUAUACAGGUCGAGACUUAUCUCGCGAGCGACGAGAACAAUCGUCUGAACGCCGCCGCCUGCCAGAUCAAGGUAUUCAAAUUGAAAGGCGCCGAUCGCAAACACAAACAGGACAGGGAGAAGGUGCUGCGCAGACCGAGGGCCGAUCUGGACAAGUACCAGCCCGCCUGCGAGGCCACUGUGCUGACUACGUUGUCACACGACGCGCUGAUGCCGCCGCCCUCACUGGUCACCACCUCGCCGUCCUACUCGCCAGAGCUGUGUGUGACACCUAAAUCUGCUUCGAGCCCUAUAGCUACCAAGCCGAUUUCUCAACCAGCCAUCGUUGGUACUACUAAUCAAAUGAAGCCGCUGUAUUGUCAAGAUGCUGGUGAGAUGAAGGUGAGCAGCCCAACCUGCCACUCCCCAGGAGCUAUCCUGCCUGAUCUACCACAGCCUGCUGAGGAACCAGACAAGAACUUUGGAUUAUCAAAAGAUGCCACCUCCGCCGAGACUCAGGUGUGGUUGUCCCGACAACGGUUCAUGCAACAUGCCGCUACAUUCGCGAACUUUUCCGGGGCUGAUCUGCUGAGACUAUCCCGUGAUGACAUUAUCCAGAUCGUCGGACUGGCUGAUGGCAUACGUCUGUUCAACGCACUUCACGCCAAACGCAUCUCGCCGCGCCUCACGCUGUACGUGUGCCCGCCCUCCUCCGACGUGCACUGCGCGCUCUACCUGCACGCGUGUCGCGCGCACGAGCUGCUGCACAAGCUGAACGCGCUGCAGGGAGCCGGCAGCAAGGAUUGCGAAACCGUAUUGGUGUCCGGUCCGAACGGCGCUCGCGUCCGCCUCACCGACGAGCUAGUGCGACACCUGCCAGACAACUCCACCUAUCGCCUCAAGAGACUCGAAGACUGCAACGCUCUGCUGCUAAGCGCCACCACCGGCAACUGACAGACCAAGAUGAACUGUCUGUGUUUGGGGUGGACCAUACAACAUUAUUCAAUUGUCAUCGGUUCACGAUUCGUCUGCAAUCCUGAUCAUCAUCAGUGUGUAAUGCGUAAGAACACGAUAAAAAACAAACGUGUGGCACUCGGGAACUGCCGCGGUAAAGCUAUUGCAUAGCAUUUUUUAUCAACUUAUGCAAUUAUAAUUAGACAAUGAUAAUUUAA